AUGACGACCGUAUUCAUUGGAAAACGCGGUGGCGGCCAUCACAAGGAAAAAGUCGACGCUGUAGCGCAUGGCAAAAGGAGAGAACUACAGGUGAUCCGGGCGGAAGGACAGGCGUGCGCUCGCAGGACGGAAGUCCUGUGCCGCGAAAUGUUCAAAGUCCGUGCAGAGUUGGACGCGGCCGUCCGGGAAUACGACCGUAGGAAGGACGAGUUGGCCGGCCGUCAGACAGCGGCGCACAACCGGUUAGCGCAGGCGCUUGAGAAUCGGUCAGCGGCUGAGUUGUCACGCGAGACGGUCCGAGACCAGGCGGAAAACGACCUGAAAGCGCAACGUACCGCCGGCACAGUGCGGGCGUAUCGUCUGGACACUAGGUGGCGACUACUGCACGGCCGGUACCGGGGCUUCGUUGCGGACGUGUUGAAUGACGAAGAACCGUCGGAAGGACAUCAGCUCCGCCGGCUUUCCGCGGACGACGAAGUCGCCGCUGCACCCGGUCGCCGACAGCCACCGAGAGCCGGCGGACGCCGUUUCUUCGCGGUCGCUGAUAAGUUCAGCGUGCAACACCGGCGUGAAUCGCUCCGAACGUCCCGGUCGCUGCACGCCAUUUUGUCUGGUUAUCUCAAGGAGACGAGCGAUGAAGGCUCGUGCGGCAAGGGCGUCGCCGCGUCUCACGGGCCGUCUCGCCGACGGCGGUCUCUGCGGGGAACCGCGGCGCUCGACGGGGUCAAACCGGAACAGGUGUUGGACAAGUUACGCGUAAUGCAAGAACAGUGCGCUCGAAUCGCGGAGCGGGUGCGCAGACGUAAUGCCGCCACAGACGACGCGGUCAGCAAUGACGACGGCCCGGGCGACCGUUCAACACGAAGCAGCCGUACGAACGGCGGGCCGCAAGCCGAAAUGCUAUCGGAAGCACACGAAAAGCUGGCGGCGGGCCUGGAAUAUUUGCGAACGAUACGCGCGCUGAAGGACAGGGCCGCUGAGGCCGUUCAACGGGAACGGGUAGCUUUGCGCGGACUUUUGCGUACGGCGUGUGGCGCGGUGUGCGCCGCCGGCAACAAGCCCGCGGCACAGCCGAACGACUCGUCAUCGUACACCGUCGUAGAGAUCGCGGGCCGUCUGGAACGCGCUUGUUUCACCCUUUUCGCCCGGCUGGACAAGGCCUCGGGACCCAGCGGUGGCAGCGGCGGCACCGCCGGACGAGACGUGGUCGCCUUGUGCUUGCGCGCCGUACAAACGCAACGCGCCGACGCCAUUCGCCAAGCCCGGGACGUCGCGCGUCGCGUGGACGAUUUCCACAAGGCGACCGCCCGGUUACUGUCGGCCGCCGCGCCGACGAAACGUGCCGGCGCGGCAGGCCGCGGCCGUGCUCGUCGGCCCGCCAUGCCGCCCGGCAAGCGGCACGCCGCGACGAGUUCGGGCGAAAUUCAGUCGGCCGCACCGCGGACAUUGACGUCCGUCCGGCGGACGCCGCCGCUAGCGUGUAAGGUGACCGGCAAAACGCAGACCGUCCCGUCCGCGGUAUCGCCGCCCGCGAACGGUUUCGCCGUGCAAGAGGCCGCGACGACGGACCGCGACGUACCGACGAUAAAAAUGCUGUGUCCGCCGAUCAUCGGUAUCAUAGAAUACGAGUGA